ACGCGGAAAAUGCGACUCUUGGGCUCCGUAUCGCGCAUUUUCGGAGUUGUAAAUAGGAAGUCAUCUUCAACCACUAUAAAAACAGUUGCACUUAUACCUGGUGAUGGUAUAGGUCCAGAAAUAUCAGCAGCUGUACAGGAAAUUUUCAAAUUUGCUGAUGUUCCUAUAAAAUGGGACUCAGUGGAUGUAACACCUCGACCUACGGAAGACGGUCGCUUUCGUAUGCCACAGUCUUCACUAGAUAUUAUACGCAAGCAUGGAAUUGGGUUGAAAGGUCCAUUAGCUACUCCGAUUGGGAAGGGUCAUCAAUCUUUAAAUUUAGCAUUACGAAAAGAGUUCAAUCUUUAUGCUAAUGUUCGACCAUGUAAAUCUAUUGAAGGCUAUGAAACUCCUUAUAAAAAUGUUGAUUUAGUUACAGUUAGAGAAAAUACUGAAGGUGAAUAUUCUGGUAUAGAACAUGUGAUUGUGGAUGGUGUUGUACAAAGUAUUAAAUUGAUCACUGAAGAAGCAAGUCGACGUGUUGCUAGAUUUGCAUUUCAAUAUGCAAAAGAUAAUGGUCGACGUAGUGUAACAGCUGUGCAUAAAGCUAAUAUUAUGAGAAUGUCAGAUGGUUUAUUCCUUCGAGUAUGCCGUGAAGAAGCUGCAAACCAUAGGGAGAUUGAAUUUUGUGAUAUGUUUUUGGAUACUGUCUGUUUAAAUCUUGUUCAAGACCCAACUCGUUUCGAUGUAUUAGUUAUGCCAAAUUUGUAUGGUGAUAUAUUGAGUGAUUUAGCUGCUGGUUUAAUUGGUGGUCUAGGUGUUACACCAAGUGGUAACAUUGGUGAAACUGGAGCUAUAUUUGAAUCAGUACAUGGUACCGCUCCUGAUAUUGCUGGUCAAGAUCGUGCCAAUCCAACUGCUCUACUCUUUUCAGCCAUUAUGAUGCUUCGUUAUAUGAAUUUAAAUAAGUACGCAGAUUUGAUUGAAUCUGCUGUAUUGGCUACAAUUCGUGAAGCGAAAGUAUGUCAUUUGUACCUGUUGUUUAUAUAUAUUACUUGCUUCGUUUUUCAGUAGUCAGUAUUUUACUUAAUAAACUUUUAUUGCGUAGUCUGCUCUAAUCCGAUGCGCACUGCUGAGGAGUCCCAUACUAGGACGAAACGGCCGUCCAGUGCUUCCAGGUUUUCCAUGGUGGUCUAGCUUCAAUGGAUUCAUGAUUUCAACCAGUGAGAUUUCUAAUCCGAAAAUUAAAAUUCGUGUACGAACUCAAACAAAGCAAUACGGUCAUUUUUUUUCCAUCCUCUCUGAUAUUCUAUGAUGUUACAUAAAGGUUAGUGAAGUUUAAAAUGUGAUGAAUAGUGAAUAUAAGUGGUAAAUUUGGGUAGUGGAAAUGUGACCAGAACAUACGUUUCAUCCCACUUGGGACUCGUUAGCUGUAUGUAGUUGCAUUAUCCUAGUGUAUAUUUUAGCUAAAACUUAGCUAAACUAUUUUUUUUUGCGUCAAACGCCAAAUGCAUGUGACCAAAUGAUAUUAUCGACACCAGGAAAAUUAAAAUGAAGUACCAGGGAUUAUAUCCGAAAAUCUCUUUUAAUCGCCAACUAAAAUGUGACUGGAACAUAUUUGUAUUUCAUUUACUCUUUUUAAUAAUACACUGGUUUGUGAUAAAUUCACAGUAAAUUAAGAAAGGCACAACAAACAUUAUUAGUUUAUGCAUCACAAGAAAGCUUAUAAAUAGGAUAAUGUAAACAUACAAUCAUUUAGUUCGUUAAUAAUUAAAGAACAUAGAUGUAAACAUUAAUUUCAAGUAGGAGACAAUUCCGAAAGUUCAACUUUUCCAAUAUUCGUCAAGUUAUCACUAUUGUGUUUGGUGAGAAUUUAAUGUAGGAUUAAGUAGUUUGCCAAUUCUCAUAUUUGUUGUUAAUUACCAUUUAUAGUUUAAAAGUUUGGUUGCAAUAAUUGGUAUAUAUGUAUGUACAUUGGUCAAAGACAAUUCUUUUCAAUUUGGUACCAAAUGGUAAAUCAUACAGGUUCAAAAUUAUCAGUUUAAGGAUUGUUAUUUACUCUUUCUUCACCUCUUAUCACAUAUCCCCCUCUCGCCUACCUCUCUUACAUCUAUACUGAAUAUCUAACAAUAUUUCACAUUAUUUCCUAGCUUUUAAAAAAAUGUUUUCUUUAAAGCUUAUAAGUUAAAUGCAAUCCUGUUUCGUGUUUGUACAUAAUCGAUUACUUGAUAGCUUCAUUGCUCACAGUUGUUCUUAGUUUUGUUCUGCAUUCUUUUUCAAAAAUUCCAUUUUAUCCCAUGAAUUCAUUCUUUUCCAACUGUAUUCUUCAGUAAUCAGUGUUUUCCAUUACCAUUUAUGCUAUUAAUGUUUCUACUCGUUUUCUAGUCAUCUUGUUUAUUUCAUUUCACCAUGCUAUUGCUAUGUAAAGUUGAACGUGCAUUUUUAUCUGACUGAUUGUAAGAGGAAGAAAAUAAAUGUAAAUGAGUUUCACUAUCCAGUAUUAGGCAGUUUACCAAUCGAUGAAACCACAAAUUAACCGAAAUUUAAAAUGACUACUGUUAGAUUUCAAUUUGAUCGCUUAAAGACAAAUCGUUUGUCAUGAGACCUGAAGUUUAUGGAUUUUAUUUCUAAGAGGGUCAUGAAUGCUCACUACGGUGAAACCACUAUAUCGUCCAUCUUGUAGUGUUUUUCUUACUUUAAACAAACGUCUAGGAAGUGUCGACAUGCAUUUAGUACUUGUUUGAUUAGGUGCAAUACUUCUUGUUGGCCGAUGCAUAUUGACCGAAUGAGGAGUAAAUGAAUUGUUUUAGUCCUUUCAUUUAACAUAUAACAUUGACGUAGUAAUUCAUAACAGUUAGUGAAAAAGAAUAAUUAAAAUAUUCAACUUGCACCCAUUAUAUAUAAAGCUUAAACCAUUUCCUUUCUAGUUCUAAUUGAUAAGCCAAAUAGUAUCACACACAAUAUUUCAAGUAAAAACUAAUUGUAUUAGCACUUAACCUCCAUUAUAAAAUCAAAUACUAUUGUACCUUGAGGUAUAUUGUAUGUUUAUUAAUUUUAGAAGUCUGUGGGGAUUUUUUUAAUCUUAUAAUUUAUAUUACAAACUAACCUUAGUUUGACAACGAUUAAAACCAAUAAACAUUCCAUAGCUGUUUCGUUCCAGUAUCAGAUUCUUCGGGAGUGUGCAUUGCCUACUCCACUUUUCAUCAAACACGGAUAGUCCAGAUCUUGCUGCAAGUGUCUAACACUUGAACCAUUUAGCAAAGAUUUAACGGUUUACAAAUUUGAUAUUAAAUCAGUUCACGAUACUGAGCAAUCAUUGCUCACCUUUAACAUUGCUGAGUUUUACUGGUCACCUCCUGGAAUCAAUCUUUUCAGUUGUAUACUACACUAGUUUUCUAAAUGUAAAUUAUAACCUGUGCUCUAUUUUGUUGUCGGUUGUUUAUUACUAACCUAUCCACUUUGAUGUUUGUUCAAUCGCUUAACUGUGUACACCUUAAGCUAUUAAUUUGUAUUUAUUUGUUAAUUCACAUUAUAGAAUAACUUGAAUAAUGAAAUCAUAAUCCAUAGAACUUUGUUAAAUGUGAAUAUUAAAAAAAUAAUAAUAAUGGUUAUCAUUGUUGCGCCUACAUUGACCUAUUUAUUGUUAAUUACAAAAUGUAAUAAAUGAAAACCUGGUACGAUUUUCACGUUCUAUACCGGCACAACUAUAAACUAAAGUGAUUUGCUACUUACUAUUAAUAAUCGAAAAGUUUUCGUUUUUUUUUUCUUUGAAAAAAACGUGACCAUUGGUAACGCAAUUUUGUUGUUCUUAAAUGUUAAUCGGCUAAUAUCUGACUAUAAUUAGUACAACAACUCUUUAUAGUUUGUCUCCAGAUUUUUAUAAUGUAUAAUGUUUACUUACUCACCUAGAUACAAGUUUAUACACUUAACUGCGAGCUACAUUUUAAAUGUGUGAAUUUUACUGGUACUACAACCUGAUUAUUCAAACUGAAUUAAGUGGAUUAGGGUUCGAACUUGCGAGUUUGCGGUUGAAAGUUGAAUACCGUGAUUAUUGAACCUGACUGAUCACUUCAUAUUAAAUGUAUUAUUCAUAAUAAUUGGUCUAGUUGCAUUAUCUUUCGAUUAAUAAAUAUAUAUGACAGUUUACUACCAAUCUUUAUCAAUUAAUUAAGACUGUUUUGUCUUUGUUCAUUUGUAUUGGUUCUUUGAAUGUUUCCAAUGGUGUUUUAUGACUGCAGUUAAUCAGUUUCUUUUGCUAUAUAUGCAUCCUGUGUAGAUCGCCUCGAUCUCAUCCUCAAGUCACAAGUGUUUUUUCAGCAGAGUUAGAUAGUCGCUAGCAGCAGAAUCCCGGACGCGAGUUUUAACUUAUCGGGGACUCGUCAUCUGGUAUAUAUAUGCACUUCAGUUUUGAUGGUCGCAUCGAGACUGGAACCCAGUAGUUUUUUCUUUAAACACCAGAUGCAUUAUCCACUUAGCUACUGAAUUCAAAUAGCCACUAACUUGUAUAACAACGGGGUUAAUUUUACUUCAUUUAUAUUGGUUGUUUGAAUCCUCUCGUUGGUGUUAUGUACUGCAACUGAUCAGUCGCUUUUAUUAUAUGAUGAAGCGCGCAUCCUUGAUUCUAGUGUUAAUCACUAUCCAUCUCUACUCAUAAAACAUUUUAUUUUCAUAUCCCAUCUUUCAUUAUUCACCGUACCAGCUUUUUAUGUAUUAAAUUACGAUUGAUAUUAUGUUGCAAAUUUCCGAUUAUUAAGUAUAUAUGACUUUAUCAAUUACCGAAAGUCUACAUUGUUUGCAGUUAUGCUUAAGUGAAUCUAAUCCUAAAAGCGAGUUAAUUCGAUGCUCUCAAUCUCUGACUGAUAUGUCAUUGGGAUUUUCAUUAUUGAUAUACAGGUUGGAAUCUGACCUCGUAUGUUUUGGUUAGUUCAGACGGUUCCUCAGACAGACAAAAACAUAUAGUGUAAAACAACACUUAACGUCACAUACUGAGACGUUACUAGUAACGUGGUAUUCAGUCUUCAACUGUGAUAUCUUGUAGGUUUAAGUUAUUUACACUAAUUGAUCACUGAAUAAAGUAACCAAUGUCAUAUAUUUCUAUUUGAUGAAAUCCAACUAAUACGAAUACUUGAUCCUAUCGGUUACCAUAAAUCAUAUAGCAUGAAGACAUUAGGCAUGCUAUAUCAAAUGACCAACACUGGUGAGUUCAAUCGAUGAAACUCAAUCAGUAUUAAAGAAUAGACAUUUUUUAAUGCUUAUUGAUCAAUCAGCCUAAAGUUAGAUUUCAUUUAUUUGUCCAUAUUUAUGUUAAUACAGUCGUACAAAUAGGUUGUGGACAUGAUCUUUUCAUUCUGACUACUUUAAAUAUUUUUUUGUAAUAUUCAGUCAUCCAGUGGCUUUAUAUGGUUUUUACUAUACGACCUAUCCAUCCAUUAUGUAAUGGUCUCACUAACUAAUGUCAAUAUUAUCUCUUAUCUAUAAAUGUAUUUAUGUGUAUAUUUUAACUUAUCGUAUGAUUCUGUGUUAUAGUUUGUGAAUAGUAUUCCAAACAUUUGAAUUGUUCCAAGUAAUGUCAUUUACAGUUCUAACAUCUAUGUAUUUCUCAAUCUCUCUGUGUGUGUGUAUCUGUACACCAUUGUGUUUUAAAGUAUGUGUAUGCAUGUAUUGCUUUUCUC